AUGUCCAUCACAGACAAAUCCAAACCCUACUUCCCUCUAGCCAACGAUGGCUGGUCCAAGGAAGAUGAAGCGACGGUCACAUGCUUCUGUGGCGCCGUGCAACUGGCAUUUCCAACCCAAGGCCCGGGCCUAGUCAACACCUUCGUCUGCAACUGCACCGAUUGCCACAUGAUCACGGCAUCCCAGUUUGCAUCCAACUUCACCGUCGCCAACACGCACCUCAAGCACCUGCGUGGCCAAGACACCCUCAAGACAUUCGCGCAGUCACAGACCAUCGCCAGUGGAAACAUGAUGACCAAUCACUUCUGUUCCACCUGUGGCACCCUCAUGUACCGCGUAAGCUCAGGCUUCCCGCACUGGAGUAUCCUGCGCAUUGGCACGAUUGACGACUUCACUCUGCAACACACCAAGUUGAAACCCCAGAAGGAGAUUUCAUUGAGCAACGAUUGGACUGGGUACGUGCCAUCGAGGGCGUCCCCCAAAUUGAGGGCAUGGGCUCUCGGGACCAGCAGCACAAUGGCACCGUUUGAACUGUGA